AUGAGUACCGCCAACGGUCAAACACCAGCAGUGCAGCCGUGUCGAUACAAAGUUGGCAAGACUUUGGGCGCCGGUUCAUACUCGGUCGUCAAGGAAUGCGUACACAUUGACACCGGUCGCUACUAUGCGGCCAAGGUGAUUAACAAGCGCCUGAUGGCCGGCCGGGAACACAUGGUUCGUAAUGAAAUCGCCGUGCUCAAGAAGGUCUCCAUGGGCCACCAGAACAUCCUGACCCUCGUCGACUACUUCGAGACCAUGAACAACCUCUACCUGGUCACCGACCUCGCUCUGGGCGGCGAGCUCUUCGACCGCAUCUGCCGCAAGGGAUCAUACUACGAAUCCGACGCUGCCGACCUUAUCCGCGCCACCUUAUCCGCCGUCGCCUACCUGCACGACCAUGGCAUCGUUCACCGCGACCUCAAGCCCGAAAACCUGCUCUUCCGCACCCCUGAGGACAACGCCGACCUGCUGAUCGCCGACUUUGGUUUGUCGCGCAUCAUGGACGAGGAGCAAUUCCACGUGCUGACCACCACCUGCGGCACACCGGGUUACAUGGCGCCGGAGAUCUUCAAAAAGACCGGCCACGGCAAACCCGUCGAUCUCUGGGCCCUGGGCGUAAUCACUUAUUUCCUGCUGUGCGGCUACACCCCCUUCGACCGCGACUCAGACUUCGAGGAGAUGCAAGCGAUCCUCAACGCCGAUUACUCCUUCACCCCGCUCGAGUACUGGCGCGGCGUGUCGGACAGCGCCAAGGAUUUCAUCAGGAAGUGUCUGACCAUCGACCCGGCCAAGCGCAUGACCGCCCACGAGGCGCUGCAGCACUCCUUCGUCGCCGCCUGGGGUCGCGGCGCCGACGCUGACGGAAAUGCCGACAAGGGCGCGAACCUGCUGCCGACGGUCAAGAAGAACUUCAAUGCGCGUAGGACGCUGCAUGCAGCUAUCGAUACCGUGCGUGCUAUUAACAAGCUUCGGGAGGGCCAGUUGAUGAAUGGCGGGAGGAGCCGUGAGCCGGCGGCGAAGAAGAAACCGGCAGUACCAGCAGUAGGAGGUCCAGGCGUAGAUGACGGGUUAGCAGUAGCGCUCGGCCCAACGCUCGGAAAGGAGGCUAGCAUGGUGUCGACGGCUAGUAGUAACCUCACCAAGGAUAGCGGGUAUGGGACGCAGCAGGAGGGGGGAAGCUCUAGGGAUGAUGAGGAUGGGGAUGGAGACGACGUUCUUAUGAGGGAUGCGUCUGCCGCGUCAACACCAUCGUCAGAUCCAGCGCCACCGCCGGUGCCGGCGCAUACAUCUGUGUCUGUGCCUGCGGGCGUGCCGAGUAUUCUACGGCCGGGCAGUAUCGAGAAUAAGGUUGUCGAGACUGGGAAGGGGUUGUGGAAUGGGACUAGUGUUAAGCGAUGA